AGUAAUGAAGAAGAAACAUUCAAAGAGAUCCGUUUGGGAACAGGAAACAACUACUCAUAAUCCCUUUGAAAGAACAACUUUGACAGAACACCGUUGUUGCCAAGAAGCCGACGGGAAAUAGUGCCAUCCUUUCUAUAACCCAGCUCAUACACAUAUGGCAAACUUAAGUUGGCAACACAGCACCAUUUUCCAUAUUUUUCCCAUACAUUUAUUGCUGCACGUUGUCUAAGACAGAACGGGACUGAACUCGAGACCAGUUAGAGCCUGUCAUCUAGAGAUUUAUUGUCUCAUCUUAAAAAAUUCUUCCAAAUCUCCCACACUAAUUGUUGGCACUCUUAUAAACGAUGGCAUAAGAUUACUACAUUAUUCAUUGAUUUAUGAGGUUUUGAGCAUCUUCAAACGAUUGAAAACCUCUGCCAAGGAGUAGUGAAGUUCGCCGUUGUUGCCAAGAAGCCGAGAGGAAAUAGUGUCAUCCUUUCUAUAAACCCAGCUCAUAUACAUGGACUGCAACUUGAAUUUCAUCGGAACAAACUUGAAUAUUUAUACAAAACGCGAGCAGAAAAACGAAAGUAAUUCAUACUGAAACUUUGUGGAUGAAAACGUUGAAGCUUAUACACUUCCGCUACCGCUGAUCAAAAACACAUCACCCAAGAUUAUCGAGAACAUUAAUGCUUUCUUCUUGUGUGUUGCCGGUUUGUUGCAGAGACGUAUGACUUGAGGGCUAAGGAUUUUCCUGAAAAUGGAAGUCCACACUGACGCAUCAGUAGUACUUAACUCGACAGAUAGCCUGCCAUUUGAAUUCAGCCAAUUCAGCCACAGGGUUAUCGUCGCCACCAUGAUCUUGAUCGUAUCCCUAGUUGGGACAUUUGGGAACUCACUGGUGAUCCUAGCCGUUCUCCUGUCCAUGAAGAUUCGUACGGCUACCAAUGCCUUCGUUGUGAACCUGGCUACGGCAGACUUGUUGGCAUGUCUGGCCGUCCUCUUUGAUGCGGCAGCCUUACUGGCAAAGGAUGGCCUGCCAUUUAGCGAGCUGCUGUGCAGCGUGUGUGCUGUCGUGGAGAACGUUUCCAUCGGCUGCAGCAUUUUGUCGCUGGCGUCUAUCGCCUUUAACCGCUUGCUCCUGGUCACUCGACCAGCGAUCAUCUAUCGAAAAGUCUACACGCCUAAGAAUAUAGCCAUGUUGCUGGCGCUAACGUGGCUCAUCCCACUCUUCCUCACACUUUUACCGUCAUUCCUGAAUUUAGGUGACUUCAAGUACGACCCGAAGUACCACAUGUGUGGCUCAUCUGCAUCUCAUCCCAGAUCCAAAGCCUUCAGAAUCCUAGUAGCAGGGGUACUGUACCCUAGUCUUCUGGUCUCUAUUAUUGUCUGUUACGUACUCAUCUGGAGACAUCUCAGACGCCACACCAAGAUGAUCAGUUACACAAGAGAAGAACCCCUUGAGCCCAUCACCUAUACAGCCCCACCACUGCGUCAACUUCCCUAGCUGACAGCACCCCAAACCACACCCAGUCUGCACUAAGGCGGGACCGUUGCACUUUGACGCCCGGCAGCGGCCCACGCUC